UUGGACCCCAGACGCUGGACAGCCCUUCUCUCCCUCCAAGUGGGAGAGAGAGAGAGAGAGAGAGAGAGAGAGAGGCAGUUUCCCUCCCAAAAACAAAGGGAAGGAGGAAGUAGAUAGAAGCUCGUGCUUCAUUUCCUCGUUCGCUCAAUAUUUCUUUUUGAUUUGGAGAUUUUGAGAAAUGAGAGCUCGGGAGGGCGAGAUCGGGGCGUAGAGAGUUCUUCUUCUUCGUCGCCCAGGAAUACAACUCUUCUUUUUCCCGUCCGUGAUGGCCGUCGGAAGCGUGGUUUGCGGUCGGAACUUCGGCUCCCUCACUCUUCGAGGAAUCAGCCAAUUGUCAACAUUUUUGAGUUUCUCUGUACCUAUAGCAUCUCUUCGAUGUGUCUCACAAUCUCUUCCAUGAAGUGCAGGACAAGGUACUCAAGUGGAUUCUUCUGUCUCUCCAAAACGGUGUUCUCAUGUUGCCAGGAUGAAAUUUGUACAGCAGGGAACUUGCAUUAGCAAAGCAACUGCUAUGGGAAAGUUUGGAGAUCAAGUGGUCAUCCAUUCUAACCAUUCUGGUCAUCUCAUUAGUACCAAGAGGAUAGCUAUGAAAGGCAGAACCAAGUUUCUUGGAAGACUGGAUCUUUGUCAUUCUCUUCCAAAUUUCAUAAGGGAAAGUAGCAGAAUACUUAAGAAAAACAGUGUCCAGAGAUCUUCCAGACAAUAUAUCUGCUUUCUCUCUUCAGAUCCACCCAGUACCUGCUUGAUUCACACUAGAAAAAUCGGCAUGCCUGGCAUUUCAUCUGAUGGCCAAUACCAGCAAUUAUAUGACCGUCUCGUAGCUAAGACCUUUGCUGAUUUCAAGUCAGAGCAGUAUGACAUCAUUGGUCCAAAACAUGAUACACUGAAGACCCCAGAUAUGCUCAAUGAGUCCACCUUACUGGAUGAGGAGUUGGAGAAUGCUUCUCAUUGGUGGGACCAAUUUCCAAAGCGUUGGCUGAUUGUGAUCCUUUGUUUUGGAGCAUUUCUUCUCUGCAAUAUGGAUAGGGUGAAUAUGAGCAUCGCAAUACUCCCAAUGUCUGCAGAAUUCAAAUGGAGUCCAGCAACAGUUGGAUUGAUCCAGUCUUCCUUUUUCUGGGGCUAUUUGUUAACUCAGAUUGCUGGAGGUAUAUGGGCAGAUAAAUUCGGAGGCAAACUUGUGUUGGGCUUUGGUGUAGUUUGGUGGUCACUAGCAACAAUUCUCACCCCAAUAGCUGCCAGAAUUGGACUCCCAUGUUUGCUCAUUAUGCGUGCUUUUAUGGGGAUUGGUGAGGGUGUUGCCAUGCCUGCUAUGAAUAACUUACUCUCAAAGUGGAUCCCUCUGUCAGAGCGAAGCAGAUCACUUGCAUUAGUAUACAGUGGGAUGUACCUUGGAUCUGUUACGGGUUUAGCUGUUUCACCUGCUCUAAUCAAUAAAUUUGGUUGGCCAUCAGUAUUUUAUUCAUUUGGUUCUCUUGGAAGCAUUUGGUUUGCUCUGUGGGCGAAUAAAGCACAUAGCUCACCAUCUGAAGAUCCUCAACUGCGACCUCAAGAGAAAAGGCUUAUUUUUGGCAGUAAUGUAGCAAAAGAGCCGGUGUCAAGUAUCCCGUGGAGAUUAAUUUUAUCGAAGGCACCAGUCUGGGCAUUAAUUAUUUCACAUUUUUGCCAUAAUUGGGGCACUUUCAUUCUUCUAACAUGGAUGCCUACUUACUACAACCAGGUAUUGAAGUUCAACCUUACAGAAUCUGGGCUUUUCUGUGUCUUACCAUGGUUAACCAUGGCUGUAUUUGCUAAUAUUGGAGGAUGGAUUGCGGAUACACUUGUUAGUCGAGGUCUUUCUGUGACUGCAGUUCGUAAGAUUAUGCAAUCGAUUGGUUUUCUUGGACCAGCUUUCUUUCUCACACAGCUGAGCCACAUAAAUUCGCCAGCACUUGCAGUCCUGUGCAUGGCCUGCAGUCAGGGAAUGGAUGCAUUUUCGCAGUCUGGUCUUUAUUCAAAUCAUCAAGAUAUAGGUCCACGUUAUGCUGGUGUACUUCUUGGAUUGUCAAACACAGCUGGAGUACUGGCUGGUGUCUUUGGGACAGCAGCCACUGGUUUUAUACUCCAACAUGGUUCGUGGAAGGAUGUCUUCAAAGUGGCAGUCGUCCUUUACAUAAUUGGUACCCUAGUUUGGAAUUUUUUCUCUACCGGUGAAAAGAUCCUUGAUUGAAGAACAUAACUUGAAAGAAACUGAAAUAAAAGGAAUUACAGCAAGAAGAAAAAGAUGGGGAAUUGAUCCUGUUUUCAUCAUAGUUUGCAGUAUUUGCCUUUUGAAAAGGAAACUUGUUGCAGUAUUUGCCAUUCAUAAGCGAGCUUGUGACUCUGUGCUCCUGUAAUGGCACGUUUAAGAAGUAUACUUGAGCAGCAAGAUGCAUAAGGGCAUCCACGAAAAUGUUACCACACAGAUGCAGGCAAACCAUGCCAAUUUGAUGGACACUUGAGAUGCCAUUAUUGAAGCUAAGCAUGACAUUGGCAAUGUAAGGCCUUGAUUCUUCCGGCUCCAAUCACCUGUAUGUAGUGAAUUUCCAAUUUAUAUUUUUUAUGUAUUAACACAUUCUUCUGCAUAGUAAAUUAAAAGGGGAAUUUAUGUCCA